AUGAGUGUCUUCGUGGUCAGCACAGAGGCGCACCGCCCCACGUACUCCUGGCUGGUGAACUUGAGUAUUCUGUGGCUCCUGAGCCAGAACUGCUCUAGGGCCAGUGCGGUUUGGACAGCUUACAUGAACAUCUCCUUCCAUAUUGGGAACCGCAUGUUGUCAGAGUUGGGGGAGACCGGAGUCUUUGGGCGAAGCUCUGCUCUGAAGCGAGUGGCUGGAGUGGUCGUGCCACCAGAUGGGAGAUCCCAAAAUGCCUGCAGUGUCAAUACCACCUUCCAGGGUUCCAAAGGCACGGAGACCUGGCUGGCCCUUAUUGAGCGGGGAGGUUGCACGUUCACCCAGAAAAUCAAGGUGGCCAUCAAGCAAGGGGCCAGUGGUGCCAUCAUCUAUAACUUCCGUGGGACUGGCAAUCAGGUGUUCCCCAUGGCUCACCAGACCUUUGACGACUUUGUGACAGUGAUGAUUGGCAAUUUAAAAGGCACCGGGAUCCUCCAUUUGAUUCAGAAGGGCAUUCACAUCACAGCCGUGGUUGAGGUGGGGAAGAAGCACAUCGUCUGGGUGAAUCACUAUUUUGUCUCUAUUGUCAUUCUCACCACUGCCACCUUAGCCUACUUCGUGUUUUAUCACAUCCGACAGUUCUGGGCAGCAAGGAUGGAGAACCGGAGAUGGAAGCAGUUAACACGAGAUGUCACAAAGGCCUUUGGGCAGCUGCAGCUCCGAGUGUUGAAAGAGGAAGAUAAGGAAAUAUCGCUGAAUGCAGAGAGUUGUGUGGUUUGCUUCGAACCUUACAAGGCUGAUGAUACAAUCCGUGUUCUGACCUGUAAGCACAUUUUCCAUAAGAACUGCAUUGACCCUUGGAUUCUGUCCCAUGGGACAUGCCCCAUGUGCAAAUGUGACAUCCUUAAAGCUCUGGGUGUUCACAUAGAUGUGGAAGAGGGAGCCGAGUCCUUGCAUGUGUUAAUGCAGAAUUCACUGCCCGGAAACCUGUCACCUGCUGAUCAAGGGACCAAUAAUGAACUUUCUCCUGCGAGAAGAUCAGAUAAAGUGGGCCGUGUGGAUGAGCCGCCCAGGUCUCAGAGUAACAGCAGCUCUGAUUCGGUGGUGGAAGAGGUUCAUCCUUCACUUUGA